AUGCAAGAGACAGGGAACUCUCAAAGUCCUCAUCUACAUUCUCCCUUCGAGCACGUCCCAUCGCCAGACCGCUCUGUAUCGACCCAUUAUCAUCGCAAGAUAAGGGAUGAUGUUAGAGACAAGCAUGAUUUCCGAAGUCUUCCUAUUGUUGACAACCUGACAAAUGUAUUUUCCGAGUGGGGUUGGUCAACGUCGCAGGAUUGUGAAGGUCGUUCUCAGCCGGGAGCAAAUAUCUCAAAUCAAGGGCUUACAAGGCAGAAAACUGCCUCAAGAUCAACGGAUAAGCGUUCUGAUCGAGAUGACUCGGCUCAGGCCCAGAGGAUCCCCACAGCGAUCACCCAAUUGGAGCAGACAUCAUUCACAGGGGAGUAUGGGGUAUUCACCAAAGUCCUCUAUUACAACAAUACUAGCACCGUGCAACUUUUCGAAAAGAAAGCACCAGUUUCCCAGCCAAUCCUAUCGCCGACACAACCCCGGAAAGGGUUCAUGCUGACGAAAUUAAGGCGUGCUUCUAUGCCGAAGUCAACAAUCAGGGAACUCUACGCAGUCAGAGUAUUUCAUCAUACCAAAGCCAACUUGGGCCGGGUGCCCAACCUCCCACGAGGCAGAAGUAGAAGGCCACCCCUCUCUCAUCCAAAUAUUGUCUCCAUCCUCGAUAUUCUUUACAAUAAGCAAGGAAAUAUUUGUCUUGUCAUGCCUUACUGUACUGGUGGGAACUUGCACGCUUUUCUGCAACAAGAAGCGAGGGCCAACGAUGGCCUGUCCCUUGAGGAAAUAAACUGCUUGAAUGUCCAGAUAUUGCGUGCAAUCGGCUUCCUACACGAACACGGGAUUUCCUAUGGGGAUUUAAGGCCAGAACAUGUACUACUCACUACCCGAGGUGCGGUGAAGGUGGGUGGCUUUGGGGGAAAUGAAGAUGCAGUGCGGGAAUUGGUCGCAUUCUCACGUCGUGAAGAUUCUACUUCCCCUCAGUCUGGACCAAGCCCUGGCAACUCCCGAGAAUUUAAUUCUAAGUUGCUCCUGUGUGUACGAAGAAGUGUGUCGGAGUUGAGUACUCCUUAUCUUCCUCCAGAGAGGUUUUCCGGUCGCCGUGACUCUGUCCGUCAAGGCUAUACCCACCAAGAUAUGUAUGAUGUUAGGGCAGGUGAUAUAUGGGCAUGCGGCAUGAUCUACAUGAUCCUACAGUCUGGCCGACUUCCGUGGCGCACCACCCGGACAGUGGAUCCUGACAAAUCCUAUACUGAAUAUCUCCAUUGCCGUUUGAUGCAGAAUGGAUAUGGCCCUAUACAGGCUCUGGAAAAUGUAAGUUACAGAUCCGAUCGCGCCAGAUUCCACACGCUCAGCAUGAACAUAAUAUCUAAUAGUUCAUAA